UCCGGUCCCACUGGAGUUUGAUUCGGAUCUUGGCGAGGGUGUUCUUCUGACCUGGGACACGCCCAACUGCAAGUCCUGCCUGGCUCGUCGAGGAGUUUGUGGGCGGAAGAGCAGAUCUAACUUGGAGAUCGGACGCACCAAUGUCAAGAGCCAAGGGCAAUCGUCCAACAAGGAAACCCUUUGCCACUGGAUCAUUUAGAGAUCAGUUUUACCGGAAGUUCCGUGAUUCUCUUCAUGAUAAGGACAUUCUGGCGAUUGACUAUCAAAUGCUUGAUGGUGUACUUCAACAGAGGAAGGGGAAGCAACUAAUACAUAAAGCCGUAGAUGAGCUGGAAGGUUCUGGACGCUGUGAAUUUAACAAUUACAACGUGGCUGAAAACUUGAAAUCUCAAGGCGACAAAGCUAUGGGGUCGAACGGGACAUCUGAUGCAAUUCAGCUCUAUACAUGUGCCCUUGCACUUCGUGGAGAUAGUUCGACUUACUAUGCUGACAGGGCAGCUGCUUUCACCGAGAUCGGUGAAUACAAAGAAGCCUUUGAAGACUGUCUUGCUGCCAUUCACUUUGACCCCAAAUAUUGGAACAACAAAUUAAUCGUUAUCGAGCAAAUUAAUCGUCUUCACUGAUCCUUGGUUACAUUUUUCCUGUUAUACAUACUGAUUCUCUAAUUAUCACAGAUGUUAUGGAUAACUUUGUUUUUAUUUGCUCUAAAGGGAGAAAUUCCUCUGAAGCUGACAUGUGCUAUAGCCACGGGCAACCUAAGAAGAGCUUGUCUGGACUCAAUAUGUGUCCAUUUGAUGACGUCAUGCUGUUUUUAUUUGUCCCUUCUCCUUUCAUUUUGCCUUGCCCUUGCUCUCUCCUAGGUUUAGUAGGGGCACAUAUUAACUGUUAUAUAUAAAUGCUCGUGCUGAGCGUUAUGGUGGGUUUUGCUUUUGUAUGCACAGCAUCAAGCCAUUUCCACUUGCUUUCUAUCAGAUGUAAAAUUUGUUCCAAUUUCUUAUAGAUAGGUUGCCAAAUGCUGGCCGCGAUCAGCAAAAUAAUAAUAAUAAUAGUAACACUCAGUUCCUUGAAAUUCUUACUUAA